AAGAAGUUCACCUCAGAACCUACUAGGGCAAACUAUGAAAACUUGUUAGGGUCCUCCUAUCCUGAGAUCCACCACUGCUAAGGGACUUCACAGAGUCCGAGGAUCUCACUUUUUUCUAUUUUUUUAAUUUAAUUUUCAUUUUUCUUUAUUUUUCCUUUCCCUCCCCACUUUUUUUUUUUUUUAAUAUGGUUUUUUGCAAGUCAGUUAUUCUGGAUGUUUGAAAACUGAAGUAAGAAAAAUUCACUCAGAAUUUGGCUGAAUGUUGCAAGCUUGCAAGAUGGAAGGAUUUCCCCUAAUUCCCCCUCCCUCUGAAGAUAUGGUACCCUAUGAGUCAGACCUCUACCGACAGCCCCAUGACUAUUACCAGUAUCUCAACAGUGAAGGAGAGAGUCAUGGUGAUCAUUAUUGGGAGUAUCAUCCACACCACAUGCACAGUGAAUUUGAGACUUUUGGAGACAACCAUUUCACAGAGCUGCAGAGUGUGCAGCCUCCCCAGCUGCAGCAGCUCUACAGGCACAUGGAGAUCGAGCAAAUGCAUGUCUUGGAUUCUGCAAUCCCAACCACACACAUCGGGCUCAACCACCAGGUGUCCUAUUUGCCCCGGAUGUACUUCUCUCCACCUCAGCCCAGCUCUGACGAGGAGGACAUAGAGAGGCAGAGCCCCCCCUUGGAGGUGUCAGAUGGGGAGAAUGAUGGUGUGGACCCUGGGCCUGGAAUUAUGCAUGGAGAAACAGGCAGCAAGAAAAAAAUCCGUCUGUAUCAGUUCCUUCUGGACCUUCUUCGCAACGGGGACAUGAAGGACAGCAUUUGGUGGGUGGACAAGGAGAAAGGUACUUUCCAGUUCUCCUCCAAACACAAAGAAGCAUUGGCACAUCGCUGGGGCAUCCAGAAAGGCAACCGCAAGAAAAUGACCUACCAGAAGAUGGCACGGGCUUUGAGAAACUAUGGCAAGACAGGCGAGGUCAAGAAAGUUAAGAAGAAGCUGACCUACCAGUUUAGUGGAGAGGUGAUGGGAAGGGGGGGCACUGAUAGGAAACAUUAUCCUCACUGAGGCCAUGGGACCCUGAGCAAGAAAAAUAUUGAGAGCUCCUGGCUGGAUACCAGCAGAGGAGAUGGACGCAUCUUUCUCUUUGCUUCCUGUGCCCCCUUCUCUGCCUUUAAACAGCCUUUUAUCAUCAGAUGUUUCUGGUACGAAUUCCUUUCUUCAGCAUCUGAGAAUCCUAAUCAUGACAGAAUUCUUUGCUUCCAUCCUCCAAGCUGGACAGAGUUGGGAGAUUUAAACAGUGUACAAAUAUAUUGUUG